AUGUCAACGACUUCACCACAAAAGCGUCGAGCGACCUCAUCGCGGUCUAGUCUCCUCGAACAGCCCAUGCGACAGACCCGUUCCAUGGCCCGCGUCUCAGACGCCACGGACUUUCCCGAACACCAUCAUCGUUUAUCCGCUUCCUCGUCACAGCAGCCUCGCUCGGCGUCACCUCGUAAAGAUCGAGCAAGUCAAGCAGCCCAAGUAGACUCAUUCGACACCUCCACACCGGACGUUAGCAUGGCACCGUGUAUGGAAAGUCCAAAAAAGGGGAGAUUCGAUGACUUUGAGUUUGAGCUCGAGAACAGCACGCAACAAGUCCCGACUCGGAGGCGGAGGAUUGCGGCUUUGAGACAAAUCUCUACCUCACCAUCAGCAGAUGUCGGUCUGCCAGGCUCGAAGACGUCGGCUCAGCCGAGUAGCAGCAAUGCCAGUAACGCGCUCUUGGCGAGUCGGAAGGAGAAUUCAUCUUCGGCUGUGCCGGCUCGGCCUCAGCAGAAAGAGGAAGCUAGGGCAGGUUCCGGUCCGACCAAGCCUUCUGUCGCGCCACCUCGCGUCUCGAGAUUGCACCCUCCGACGCCUUCCCUUCGCACUUCGUCACAUGAAGCCGAGUCAGGCCCGCGAGCAAGGCAGAAGCCAUCGUCAAGUGUCGGAACUGCCCCGACCAGAGAACUGAUCGGAACAGGCCGAGAUUCUAAUCACCGCCUCCUUUUUGGCCUAUCCGACACCGCCGCAUCUUCCAAACCCAACCCCUUCCUCAUCUCCUCAGACACCAACAGCCUUGCCGCGCUAGGUGAACCUCGUCACUCGCCCGUCAAGAGGCUCAACGUCAAGUCCGAAUACGUGAUCAGAUCUCCCGAUAGACCCGAUCGUAAACCCAUCAACCUUCUCGAGCUAAAGCCCUCACCAGGUAAAGCUCAGCGCGGCAUCUUCCGACACAACUCUGCACAGGAUGACAAACAGGACGACGAUGAUGGCUGGGAUGACUCGGGCAGCAACACUCUCGAUGAGAUCAAGUUGGUCAAAGGUCCGGCAGUAAAGAAGGAGCGGGAAGUAAGUGGGAAGGAACAGGAACCAUCCUCAGAAGACUUCAUUGUUCGGCGAGGCAGCACUUCGAGCAGCACGCGAAAGAGCUCGAUGCCGCGAGCCACUUCUACCUUGGACGUCAAGCAUACCUUGUCAUCUGAGACUUCGGAUGCACUGGCGAGCCUCGAGGCGUCACUUGCCAAGCUCAAGGCAAAAACCCGCAGCCCUCCCAGCACAGGCGCGAGUAAGAAGAAGGAAGACAGUGGCGACUCCACACUCAGACGCGAACUCGGAGCUGCUCGACCGUCGGGUAUGACGAGCGGUAAGACACAAGCCUUCAACACUAAAACCCCUAUCAGCAACGCCGGCGAGUCCAGCUUCAGCAAUCCAUCCACGGCUGAUCAAAGCAUGGACAGUAGUGCCGUGUUUAAGCGUCCUUCUGGCCGCGUCUCAGCACUGGCCAAGUCAAGAGUCUCGAGUUCGUCGGAUCCGCAUUCUUCGCUGAGCUCUUCGCUUGCCUCUUCAAAGUCGAUCAUGUCCUUUGGCGCACCACGCUUGCCUGGGUACAGCGACGUUGGCGCCCGGCCAUUGAAGCCAAUGUUCUCUAGCUCACGCACUUUGAGCCUCGAGUUGGCUUCAACAAGCAAUCUUUCGAAAGCCGAAGAGGAGGCGGCUCAGGCAGAAGAAGAAGCCAGAGUAGCAGAAGCGAAGAGACAAGCUGAGCUCAAGACAGCAAAGCGUAAGAGCAUGUCUUCAGUCCUCUCGAGCCGUAUGCCUCCUCCUAUGCUGCAGAGGAAGGAACCUGAUGCGCCAUCUCGAAGCUCCUCUGGAGCUAGCAACAGUAAAAGCUCUGCUGCAUCCUCCACGCCAGCAGAACCCAGCGCAGCAGAGUCUCUUGAAGCCAAAAAGGUAGCCAAAGCAGCACAUCGUCGAUCCCUCUACACCUACAUCCCCACUAGACGCGACGAUGCAGACACUUCCAUCGGUAAUCUUUCCAGCAACCUCAUCGGCACACUCUCUGAGGGCGAUACAUCGACCAACGCUUCAAAGCCCAAACGUUUCCUACGUGGCCUAACAGUUCUGGUCGAUGUACGGGAUCAAGAUGGAGAAGAUGCAUCUGCUUGCUGGGUGGAGAGACUGAAGAAUGCAGGCGCAAAAGUUAUGCUCCGCUUCGGAGAAAGAAAGUUGACUCAUAUCGUGUACAAGAGUGGUAGACCGAGUACGCUGCACUCGUACAGAGCCUUGGAUGAUCCCAAGCCUCAUGUUGUGGGGAUCAGCUGGGUGGUGGCUUGCUUGGAGCAAGGAAAGAAGGCUGAUGAGGAGCCGUACCUCGUUGAAGUUGCCAAGCAGGCAAUUUUCACAAACCUACGACGAUCUUCGAUGGCGCCAAAACAAGUGCCUACUUCUGCAACGACGAUCCGGGAGCUGGAACAAGCCAAAAAGAAGCUCCUUGCACAUGCCCCUGCGGUCCCUAGCCCGCUCAGGCGAAGAGUCAGCUCUCGUACGAUAUUAGCCUCUCGACUUGCAGCUGCUUCGUUGCUUUCCGAGCCAGAUGCCACCACUGAAGCCACUUCACAGAGCACAGCAGAUCAGUGCAUGGGGAAUGAUGCGAAUAAUGAUGAUUACGAUGAGGCGGCAAGGUUGGCUGCUUACCGCGCGCGCGUCAGGUCUGUUUUGACACGGCCUGCUGCGUAA